CAGUGGCUUAUCUCUUUCCUUCCUAUUUCCAUUUUAGCCUUCUUCCCUCUCCUCUCGCAUCACUCCACUGCCCAUUUUGAAGCCUGCUUCUCUGCAACAAAGCUAUGGCCACUCAGGCUCUUGUUUCAUCCUCGUCUUUGACCUCUUCAGUGGGCGCUGCCAGACAGCGAUUAGGACCAAAGCCCUCCCUUGGUUCCUCCAGAAAGGCAGCUUCUUUCGUUGUUAGAGCUGAAGCCACUCCUCCUGUUAAGCAAGGAGCUAACAGACAAUUAUGGUUCGCUUCUAAACAAAGUCUUACGUAUUUGGAUGGAAGUCUUCCGGGCGAUUACGGGUUCGAUCCAUUGGGACUAUCAGACCCCGAGGGCACAGGAGGGUUCAUCGAGCCGAAAUGGUUGGCAUACGGCGAGGUGAUCAACGGGAGGUUCGCGAUGUUAGGAGCCGCUGGAGCCAUUGCCCCAGAGAUCUUUGGAUCACUAGGGUUAAUCCCACCAGAAACAGCCCUCCCAUGGUUCAAAACUGGAGUGAUCCCACCAGCAGGGACCUACAACUACUGGGCAGACCCCUACACACUGUUUGUGCUUGAGAUGGCUCUAAUGGGUUUUGCUGAACACAGAAGAUUUCAAGAUUGGUACAACCCAGGAUCCAUGGGAAAGCAAUACUUUUUAGGGUUAGAGAAGUUCUUGGGUGGGUCAGGUGACCCUGCUUACCCAGGUGGCCCCUUGUUCAACCCUUUAGGGUUUGGGAAAGAUGAGAAAUCAAUGAAGGAAUUGAAGCUGAAGGAGAUCAAGAAUGGGAGGCUUGCAAUGUUGGCUAUCUUGGGUUACUUCAUACAAGGCCUUGUCACUGGCGUUGGCCCUUACCAAAACCUUUUGGAUCACUUGUCUGACCCUGUCAACAACAACGUUUUGACAAGCCUCAAGUUCCACUAGAAUGGGAUGUGUGAUUUGUAAUUUGUGUAUUAUAAACUUGUCUCCCACUCUCUAUUGUAGCAUGAAUUGAGGAUAAACUUUUCUGUGAUACCCUUCUGAUGUUCUUCAUCGUAAGAAUAUUGCGAGAUAGCUCGACUCAUCGA